UGUACCCCAUACAGUACAAUAUCAAAUAUACAAUAUGUAGCUCUACCCCCGGUCCGUCCAUCUUCGAGCUCUUCCAGAUCUUCCUCUUCUCUCAACAUUCCUGUCGUUCCCCCUUCGUAUCCUAGUGACUGUUUUCUCUCGUUUUAAACUCGGUCGGCCUGUGAAUUCUUCACUUCUUUACUUCUAAUAUUUAUACCCGAACCUACCUAAUUCUUUAUAUUGUAUAUCAUCUUUAAUACUUCACGGCCGUUCUAAUAAUAUCAAGGGGUGUGAUCAACUGUACCUAACAACCUCGACUUAAUUAUCCAUAACCAUACAUACCUAAUUCCAACAUCACGAUGCUUUCGAUAAGGAAUAUCUUGGCUGCGGCCGUCGUCCUCGUCUCGUCCGCCCGAGCUGACUAUGUCAUUGACCCCAACAGUGUGUCAUUGACCAACAGAAACAAUUGGUGCCAAUCUGAGAAGAGCACGUGCCCGUUGAUCUGCCAGCAGACAACCCCCGGAACUACCUUAGUCAACGACUGUGACCCGAAAACUCUGACUUACGGCUGCAUCUGCGGAGACCAGCUGCAACCCAACGUAUCAGAAUACUCGCUCACGCUCCCCUACUUUGUCUGCCAAGAAUGGGGAAACCAGUGCGUGAAGAACUGUGGACAGGACAACACAUGUUCCAGCUCUUGCCGAGAGGACCACCCUUGUGGUGCUCUGCACCCGACGAGACCUAACACGACGUCGACCGCAAGCUCUUCGGCGACAGCGACGGGUGCGACUGCUACCGACUCCAAUGCUGUAUUCACCGGCUUGGCUGGUAGCAGCAGCGACUCCAACAAUAACAACGCCGCAUUCCGCGUUGGUGCGAGCGAUGGCAUGUUCGGCUUCGUUAUACUUGCAGCCAGUGUCAGUCUGGGUGUAUUCCUGCUAUAAGGUAGAAAGGAUGAAAUAAUUCCUUCGACCUUUAAGUGAUGCUGCUUCGGGUAUUGAUCACGGGGACGAUGCUAGACGAUUCUCGAUUCCCGACGAAGACGCCGUGGCCGGGGUGACGGGCAUAUUCACCACGCACGCUGUUCUUGCAGUGCAGCACUAUCACGAGCUUUAUCAAAUGUGGAAGGGGGUGACGACGACGACUCAUUUACAUAUCAGUAUGAUUGCCUAGAUGCAAUACCAUAUACUGAUCUAAUAUCAUACGGAGCAUAGGAGCUUGGGAUUUGAAUUUGGGAAAGCCUCGAAUUUGGUUAACGGGGAACGUAGAUGGAGAAUUCGGGUACAUAUUUGCCGUACAGCAAACUCACCUUACAAAACGAUGUCCACACGAAGGACGCUUGAGCAAUGAGGCUCAGAAUUAAUAAUUGAAUCGUAUGAAGAUUUGGUCUAUUACGAAGACCUAACUCGUAUCUAUUCUUGUCUUUUUCGCCUUUCGCACGUGAGAAUAAAAGUGAUGUUUAAGUUACGAUCCCUUACGUGUACUAAUCAUUCGGUAG